AUGAAGUUAUUGUCUCUUCGUCUGCAGCGCAGGAUCGGAUCCCACGCGCUGCUGCAGAACGGGGGGGUCUUGCUGCGGCAGCUGCAGCUGCAGCAACAACAGCAGACCCAGCUGCAGCAACAGCUGCAGCAGCAACAGCAGCAGCAGCGACAGCCGUUCUUCCGGCACGCAGUGGAUGCUCGAGCUGAGGGGUGGGGCGGGUGUGUCACGUUUCAGCAUCAGCAGCAGCAGCUGCUGCUGCGGCAGCAGCAGCAGCAGCAGAAACAACAGCAGCACCGCAAAGGGGGGUCUGCUGCUAUGGCUUCUGCUGCUGCUGCUCUUUGUUUUGCUGCUACCGGCAAAAGAAGAGAAGUGAAGUUGGGGGAUGUGGGGGACUUUCCAGAAGGAGGGGUCUAUGAAGUGUCCGUCAAUGAAGGUGUACAUACAGCAGAGCACCUUACUUGUCCGUGGCACGACGCAAAGUUUGACCUGAAGACGGGCAAAUGCAUUGGCGGGCCCGUUACUCAGGGCAUCCGUACUUACCCUGUGGAGGUGAAGGGCUCAGGGCUGUUUGCCUCGCUGCCAGAAAGACUCGAAGAUGAGGGGCCCUCUCCGGUUUGCUGCUCCCACAGACCCGACACAGUAAGCAGCGACAGCAGCAGCAGCAGCAGCAGCAGCAGCAGUAUAAAAAGCACUUCACAGCCAGCACCAGCCGCAGGGAGAGGAGCUUGGAUGUGCGCUGCAGCUGGCAUCAGCUAG